AAGAAGCAAAACAAGAAAGAAAUUCUUCCAUAAACAAAAAUGGCAGAUAGCAAUUAAUGGAAGGGUUUGUGGGACGUUUCGUACACACAGCCUCAUCUCCAUUCUCCAGCACAAAUGGGUGGUUACUUGCUAUUUAUUACUCUCUGUCUCUCUCCCAACUAUCCUUUUACUUUCUCCCUGGACUACAAUUUCUCUGCAGGUUCACUUCUUUGGUUGAUAAAGAUGAACCUUGACUCCCAAAAUCCCCAAUGUCUGGUUCGUUGCUUAAAUUCAUUCUCUUUCACAGCUUUACUUUCAUAUUCGACUCAAGACUCUGCCUUUGGUAGCUCACAUCCUUGUAGGGCAUAUUUAUGGGCGUAGGUUUCUGGGAUGAUUUUUGGGAGUACGAUUGGAGCAUCGAAUAUCUACCCAGAAGCAGCUAAUUGGUGGCAUUGAGUGCCUGUGUAUGUAUUCUUAGAGUCUGGAGAUUGGAAUUUGUAGUCACACAGAAUGGUUGGUGGCAGAAGAAAGAAGCAACAUUUGAACAGAAUACAUGCCUUCUCAUGUGGGAAAGCAUCAUUCAAAAGUGAUCAUUCACUGAUUGGGGGGCCUGGCUUCUCGAGGGUAGUCUACUGCAACGAUCCUGAAGGGUUCGAUGCUAGUCUCCUCAACUAUGGAGAUAAUUAUGUUACAACUACUAAGUAUACACUUGCAACCUUUUUCCCAAAAUCUUUGUUUGAGCAGUUCAGGAGGGUUGCCAAUAUAUAUUUCCUCAUCUGUGCAAUCUUGUCUUUCACGCCUCUUUCUCCUUACUCAGCUUUGAGCGAUGUUCUUCCUUUGGUUGUCGUGAUCGGAGUUACAAUGGGGAAAGAGGCUCAUGAAGAUUGGAGGCGAAAAAAGCAGGAUAUUGAAGUAAACAAUAGAAAGGUUCUAGUGCAUUAUGUUGAUGGUAUUUUUGAGCAUUCUAAAUGGAUGACUUUGAAAGUUGGGGACAUAGUAAAGGUGGAAAAAGAUGAAUUUUUUCCUGCUGAUAUGAUAUUACUUUCAUCAAGUUAUGAGGAUGGAAUUUGUUAUGUCGAGACAACAAACCUUGAUGGAGAGACCAAUUUGAAACUAAAACAAGCUCUGGAAGCAGCUUCAAACCUGCAUGAAGACUCCAGUUUCCUGAAUUUCAGGUCUAUUAUUAGAUGCGAAGAUCCAAAUGCAAACUUAUACUCUUUUGUGGGCAAUAUGGAACUUGGGGAACAACAAUUCCCUCUUACACCUCAGCAGCUUCUGCUUAGGGACUCAAAACUGCGAAAUACGGAUUGCAUUUAUGGGGUUGUAAUCUUUACAGGUCAUGAUACUAAAGUUAUUCAAAAUUCAACUGCACCUCCUUCCAAGAGAAGCAAAAUUGAGAGGAGGAUGGAUAAGAUUGUCUACUUCUUGUUUCUCAUGCUGGUCUUCAUGUCUUUUAUUGGGUCAAUUUUCUUUGGGAUUGCAACUGGGGAUGAUAUAAAGAAUGGAAGGAUGACAAGAUGGUAUCUCAGACCUGAUAAAACUACAAUAUAUUAUGGCCCAAAAAGACCAGUACUUGCAGCAGCUCUGCAUUUUCUGACUGCUGUAAUGUUGUAUGGAUACUUAAUUCCCAUAUCCUUGUAUGUAUCAAUAGAGAUUGUAAAAUUCCUUCAGAGUGUUUUCAUCAACCAAGAUAUAUUAAUGUACUAUGAUGAAGCUGACAAGCCAGCACUGGCCCGUACCUCAAAUUUGAAUGAAGAACUUGGCCAAGUUGAUAUUAUUCUUUCCGAUAAAACAGGAACUUUGACUUGCAACUCCAUGGAAUAUGUGAAGUGUUCUAUAGCUGGGACCUCCUAUGGUCGUGGUGUAACUGAGGUUGAGAGAGCUUUGGCCAGGCGAAAAGGGUUGCCUUUGGCUCAAGAGAUGUCAGAGAUCGAGGCGCACCCUGAGGAUUUUUCUAUGGAAAAGCCAUCCGUAAAAGGAUUCAAUUUUAUUGAUGAAAGGAUUGUGAAUGGUCGUUGGGUCAAUGAACCUCGUGCAGAUGUAAUUCAGAAAUUUUUAAGAUUACUGGCCAUUUGCCACACUGCAAUACCAGAAAUUGAUGACGAAACUAGGAAGAUUUCAUAUGAGGCCGAAUCACCAGAUGAGGCAGCUUUUGUGAUUGCAGCAAGAGAACUUGGGUUUGAAUUUUAUGAGAGGACUCAAACAAGCAUUUCACUGCAUGAGUUGGAUCUGCAAUCUGGUGUGAAAGUUAAAAGAGUUUAUGAACUCUUAAAUAUCAUCGAGUUUAGUAGCUCAAGGAAACGGAUGUCUGUGAUUGUAAAAGACGAGGAUGGAAAGCUGCUACUACUUUGUAAAGGUGCUGACAGUGUCAUGUUUGAAAGACUUGGAGAAAAUGGAAGACAAUUUGAAGAGCAAACCAAGGAGCACAUAGACGAGUAUGCUGAAGCUGGACUAAGGACGUUGGUACUUGCAUACCGUGAGCUUGAUGAGCAAGAGUACAGUGACUUCAAUGAGAAAUUCGCCAAGGCAAAGAACUCAGUGAGUGUAGAGCAUGAGGAGAUGAUUGAGAGAGUGGCGGAAGAAGUUGAGAAGGACUUGAUUCUUCUGGGUGCUACAGCUGUUGAGGAUAAGCUUCAAAACGGGGUUCCUGAAUGUAUUGACAAGCUUGCACAAGCUGGAAUCAAGUUAUGGGUUUUGACUGGCGAUAAGAUGGAAACAGCAAUCAACAUUGGCUAUGCCUGUAGUUUGCUUAGACAAGGAAUGAAACAGAUGGUAAUAAACUUGGAGACACCAGAAAUUAAAGCACUCGAGAAUGCUGAAGACAAGUCUUCUGUUACUGCGGCAUCUAAGGCAAGCAUUCUCCAUCAGUUAAGUAACGGAAAAGAAUUGUUGGCAGCGUCAACUGAAAGCUCUGAGGCAUUAGCUUUGAUCAUUGAUGGAACAUCACUAACUUAUGCCCUAGAAGUUGAUCUCAGGGACCUCUUUCUUGAGCUUGCUAUUGGCUGUGCAUCUGUUAUUUGCUGCCGUUCAUCUCCUAAACAGAAGGCACUUGUUACGAGACUGGUCAAAACUAAAACAGGCAACACAACAUUAGCAAUUGGUGAUGGAGCAAACGAUGUUGGUAUGCUUCAAGAAGCAGAUAUUGGAGUUGGUAUCAGUGGUUUCGAAGGAAUGCAGGCAGUCAUGUCGAGUGAUUUUGCAAUAGCACAGUUUCAUUUCUUGGAGCGGUUACUUCUUGUUCAUGGACACUGGUGUUACAGAAGGAUCUCAUCAAUGAUAUGCUAUUUUUUCUACAAGAACAUCGCCUUCGGCUUCACUCUCUUCUUUUAUGAGGCAUAUGCAUCAUUCUCUGGCCAGACCGUUUACAAUGAUUGGUUUCUAUCGCUUUACAAUGUCUUCUUCACUUCACUUCCUGUAAUUGCCCUGGGAGUCUUUGACCAGGAUGUCUCUGCUCGGUUUUGCCUCAAGUUUCCUCUAUUAUACCAAGAAGGUGUGCAAAAUGUCCUGUUUAGUUGGACUCGUAUUCUAGGCUGGGCAUUCAAUGGAUUAUUGACUGCUGUCAUCAUCUUCUUCUUCAACAUUCGUAUCAUGGAGCACGAAGCCUUCCGCAAGGAUGGAGAAGUUGUCGGCUUGGAGAUCCUCGGGGCCACCAUGUACACUUGCGUUGUUUGGGUGGUGAACUGCCAAAUGGCACUAUCGAUCAAUUACUUCACCUAUAUUCAGCAUAUCUUCAUCUGGGGUGGGAUUAUGUUCUGGUAUGUAUUCCUACUGGCGUACGGAGCCAUUGACCCUGACAUUUCAACGACUGCCUAUCAAGUUUUCAUUGAAGCCUGUGCACCUGCCCCAUCUUAUUGGCUUCUGACGCUGUUUGCGCUAGUCAGCUCCCUCAUUCCAUAUUUCACUUUCUCUACUAUCCAAAUGAGGUUUUUCCCCUUGUAUCAUCAGAUGAUACAGUGGGCAAGAAGCAGUGGCCUAUCAGAGGAUCCCGAGUACUGUCAACUGGUGCGCCAGAGAUCGUUAACACACACAACUGUAGGUUACACAGCUCGUUUUGAAGUUCAAUCCAAAAGCGCAAGCGAGAGAAGCUUGAGGAGCGUUGAUACAUAGCACUUUCAUAAAAUUUUCUCCAUAUUAACAUGGUUGCAGGAGAUUGUCUUCGACUGUGUUCCCGUUGAGGAACAAUCAGUCCAGUCCUUCCCGGUUUUCAUGUGAGAAUUUAUUUAAGCAAGCGCGGAAACUAUACAGAUGAUGUUUUGGUAGCUUGGAGGUCAUAAGAAUGUCUGUAAUUGAUACUUGAUAAUGUAGUGCAUGAAAUGCAUAAACUAUAAGAAAAUAUAUGAACUUCAACUUUUAAA